AUGGCGAAACAACGAGCGCCCAACUUCACGCUGCCAGAAAAUAUUAUCCUCGCUCAUUUGAUGGGAGAGGACUACUCAAAUUUUGGUAUGUCCAGGCAUAAACUGGACAGGCAUAGGUUUACCAGCCAAAUUUCUAGCUCUGUGAAAAAGGAAAUGUGGGGAAAUGUUGAGACCGCCUUCAAUUCCAACAGUACGGGUACUCAAAGAAAAGGCAGUGACCUAGAAAAGAAAUGGGAGAAUCUUACAUCUACCCAAAGAGGAAUUUACCAAGAUCAUCAGCGCAUGCUGACAUUGACUGGAAGGCCUCCCUUCAACUCCAAAUGUACCAUCCUCACCGAGGCGGUAAUGAACGUUAUCGGGAAAGAGGGAGUGGAUGUUAUGGGCAUUGGGCCCAGCAGCCUAUACACAUCUAUGCUGCAAUUGACUCAUAUGCGUGAUAAUGAUCAGCAAGAUACUGAAAACAACAUGACCACGUGCACCUCAAGUUGCAGUCACUGCAGUCUGCAUGAGAUUAAGCGUCUGAAAAAGAGGAAGCUAGAACUUCAAAUACGGUUCUAUGAGGCCCAGUUGGCGCGAUUGGGCGAGGAGUAAAAAUAAUAAUAAA